AAAAAACAACAAUGCCGGCUGAUUGUUUUUUUCAUGACAUCAUUGCCAAUUUCUUUUGAUUUAUUCCAUUAUUCAUUUGAUUAUUUUGGAUCGAAAUAACAAUGGGACGACAUUGGGAUAGUAAACGUUCCAGGAGUCGAUCGCCAUCGAAAUCUACAUCUUCGUCUUCGGUUCGAUCUUCAAAUCAUCGUGAUCGUGAUUAUAAAAGUCGUUCAUCAUCACAUCGUUACGAAUCAUCAAAAUUCUCAUCUUCGCGAAGAGAUAAAGAUCAUCAUUCAUCAUCUCGUCAUCGUUCUAGAUCUCGAUCACCGGAACGCCAUCGUGAUCAUCAUCAUCGUUCACGAUCACCAUCACAUCAUAAAUCAAAACGAUCAUCAAAAUCACCUGAACGUGUUAAUCGAGAACGUGUUGAAGAUAUUAUUGGUCAGGAUAUCAAUUAUAAAAAUUUUGAUAUGGAUGAACAACAGAAACGUUUAGAAAAGAUUAUGCAAGAACGUCGUGAACGUAUAGAAAAAUGGCGCCAACAGCAAAAACUUGGAGAAUCAUCGCAGAUUAAUACAAAUGAAACGUCUGCUAAUGAUCAGGAAAAUGAUAGUGAAAAUGUCGCUGCAGCUGUUGUUCCUGUUAAUGAUAUUGAAAUUAAAAAGGAAGAUGAACCAAAAAAGACUUGGACAUUGGAUGAUGAAAAUGAUGAUGAUGAAGAUGAUGAAAAUGUUGAUAAUGUGGAUGAAACUGUCGAAGUCGACGAAGAAAAUUUUCAGAAUCCUACAGCAACUAAAAUUGAAACUGAAGAUAAAAUUGAAGAAGUUGUUAAAGUUAAUAAAGAAGAAAAAUCUGUACCUAAAGAGGAUGAAGCGAAUUCCACAUCGAUAGAAAAAAUGGAAAUCGAACAGCAAGAACAAGCACCAGACUCUCAAGAAAAACAAAAACAACAAGAUGUUAAUGAAAAUAAUGUUGACAAUGCUGAUGCUGAGGAUGAUGAUGAUGAUAUUGAUCCAUUAGAUGCUUAUAUGCAAGGAAUUCAGGAAGAAGUAAAAAAAUAUCGACAACAAACAGUUCAUGCUAAUAAACGAAAUGAUAAAGUUACUGUUGUUGUUGGUGUAGCUAAGCAAAAAUCCACUCAAAAGAAAGGUGAAUUAAUUGAACAGAAUCAAGAUGCUAUGGAAUAUUCAUCUGGCGAUGAAAUUAGCCAAAAUGAUGAAUUAGCCAAUGCAAUGGAUAAUUUACAAGCUAAAGUUAAACAGAAAAAAUUGAUGACCAUUUCAAAAGAAGAUAUUACAUAUGUUAAGUUUCGUAAAAAUUUCUACAUAGAAGUACCUGAAAUUACCAAAAUGACUGAUGAAGAAGUCAACGAAUAUAAAACAAAAAUGGAAGGAAUAAAAACCAAAGGUAAAGGUUGUCCACGACCAAUAAAAUCAUGGGCACAAUGUGGUACAAGUAAAAAAGUAUUAGAAGUUUUAAAACGAAACAAUUAUGAAAAACCAACUCCGAUUCAAUGUCAAGCAAUACCGGCCAUAAUGUCUGGACGUGAUUUGAUUGGCAUAGCAAAAACUGGCUCAGGAAAAACAUUGGCAUUUCUAUUACCAAUGUUCCGACAUAUCAUGGAUCAGCCACCAUUGGAAUCUGGCGAUGGUCCAAUAUCUGUGAUUAUGACUCCAACACGUGAGCUUGCAACACAAAUUUAUUCGGAAUGUAGAAAAUUUGCCAAACCAUUAGGUUUGAGAGUUGUAGCCGUAUAUGGUGGCACACCAAUUUCCGAACAAAUUGGCGACCUAAAACCUGGUGCCGAAAUUGUUGUUUGUACGCCUGGACGAAUGAUCGAUAUGUUAGCAGCAAAUAAUGGUCGCGUCACAAAUCUUCGUCGUUGUACGUAUGUUGUAUUGGAUGAAGCUGAUCGAAUGUUCGAUAUGGGAUUCGAACCACAGGUUAUGCGAAUCAUCGAUGGGAUACGACCUGAUCGACAAACAGUAAUGUUUUCAGCUACAUUUCCGAGAAUAAUGGAAGCACUGGCACGUAGAAUAUUGGACAAACCGAUUGAAGUUCAAGUCGGUGGUAGAUCUGUUGUAUGUAAAGAAGUUCAACAGGAAGUUAUUGUUAUUAAUGAAGAUGAUAAAUUUUUAAAAUUGCUGCAAAUUCUUGGAAAAUUUUCAAGUGAAGGAAGCGCCAUUGUUUUUGUUGACAAACAAGAACAUGCAGAUAUGUUAUUGAAGGAAUUAAUGCAUGCAUCAUAUACUUGUUUAGCAUUACAUGGUGGUAUCGAUCAAAAUGAUCGUGAUUCUACCAUUGCUGAUUUCAAAAAUGGACGUGUUAAUGUUUUGGUUGCAACAUCAGUAGCAGCGCGAGGUUUAGAUGUGAAACAUUGUAUUGUUGUUAUCAAUUAUGAUUGUCCAAAUCAUUAUGAAGAUUAUGUACAUCGUUGUGGUCGUACUGGUCGUGCAGGAAACAACGGCUAUGCAUAUACAUUCAUAACACCGGAACAAGGUCGCUAUUCAAAUGAUCUAAUUAAAGCCUUAACUUCAAGUGGAAAUACGAUACCGGAAAGUUUACAAAAAUUAUUUGAUGAUUAUAAAAGUGAACAAGAAAUGAUGGGUAAAAAAGUAAAAUCAUCAUCUGGUUUUACUGGUAAAGGUUUUAAAUUCGAUGAAGCUGAAGCAAUCCAGGCAGCUGAAAAGAAAAAAUUCCAAAAAGCAGCACUUGGUCUUCAAGAUUCGGAUGACGAAGACCCUGAAGAAGAUAUUGAUCAAGAGAUUGAAAGUAUGUUAGCACCAAAAAAGAAGACAAUCAUGCAACCAUUAAUACCUACGGGAGAGAAAACAUUAUCGGAAAAAUUAGAAUUAGCCAAACAAUUGGCAUCGAAAAUAUCAAUGACAAAAACACCGGUAAUGAAUCCUAUUGUUACGAAUAAACCAUCAGCAACUGCUCAUACUGAAGCAAUAUUAAAAGGUGAUGCAUUUUCAUUGGGUGAUAUUGCUAGUGCUGUGACAGCCAAAUCUAUUGCCGAACAACGUGCUGAACUUAUCAAUGCUAAACUCAAUUAUAUACCCAAAGAUUUUGAAUAUAAUGAUGAUGGUGAAAUUAUCAAACGAGACGAUGAUGAUCUAUUUGCACAAACAUUAGCACAACGUUAUGAAGAAGAAUUGGAAAUAAAUGAAUUUCCACAGCAAGCACGUUGGCGUGUAACUAGUAAAGAAGCUAUUGCUAUGAUUAGUGAAUAUUCUGAAGCCGGUAUUACUGUUCGUGGUACAUAUUUUCCACCUGGUAAAGAACCUAAAGUUGAAUUAGGUGAACGAAAAUUAUAUCUAGCCAUUGAAGGUGUAAGUGAACGUUCCGUUAGUAAAGCUAAAAGUGAAAUUAUUCGUCUUAUCAAAGAAGAAUUAAUUAAAUUGAAUAAUACAUCAUAUUUGAAUAAAAGCCGAUAUCGUGUUGUUUAAUAUAUUUUGGAUGGAUCCGAAAAUAUUCCGCUUUCAUAUAAUCGUCAAAUUUUUUACACUGCUCAUUUUUGUAUAAUAACAUCGAAAACAUUGUCUUUGCAUGAAAAU